UAUAGGAGGAUCAUGGAGUAUAUAAGGAGGAGUUCAUAGAGACCUAAGUCACCAGAUUCAUCCUCAUCACCUCACAUCACUGACCUUCGCAAAGCUUCCCAGCUGAUCAACAUUUUCAUUCUCUUUUUUGCCGAGCGCCCCGCUAGGUGACCCCCGAUUGAGACUAUCCCCCCCUUCGCUGAAAGACGACAACCGGACCUACUUAGUCUAGAUUCUUUACGAGAACGCCCAUCAUGGCUACCGCAAUGGGUGUCGAAACUGCCAAUGGCAUUUGGCUUGAUGCCUACGGGGUGCAAAUCCCACUUACGAUUGGCGGGCAACAGUACUUCUAUGGCCAGAAUCUGUCGACACGUAGUUUCUUCAUUUAGGAACUUCUCCCCAGCGGAAAAAUGGGUGCAGAAACUGAUAAUAGCCGCUUGGGAUACUCCUACGAUGUUCAAUUCCCCUUUACAAUCGGAGGCAAGGUCUUUAUUUACGGACAAAGCCUGACCGAUUUGAACUGGUUUAUUCAGGAGGUUGUCGCCGGUGGUAAAAUGGGUGCUCCGAUCUCUCACGGCUCCUGGAGUAUUGCAUAUCAAGUGCAGUUUCCAUUUGCCAUCAACGGCAUUCAGUAUUUCUACGGCCAGAGCCUCAAGACAAACAGCUGGUUCAUUAAGCAAAUUCUCUCUGAUGGGACAAUGGGUCCUGAAACUGAUCAUGGCACCUUCAGCAGCGCAUACGGGGUUCAGUCCCCAUUUUCCAUCGGCGGUGCUCAGUAUUUCCUUGGCCAGAACCUGAGCACAAACUACUGGUUCAUUCGGCAACUUCUACCUGGCGGCAAAAUGGGUCAAGAAACUAAUAAUGGCCAGUGGCUGAGCCCGUAUCAGGUGCAGUUUCCUUAUUCUAUUGAAGGCCAGCAAUAUUUCUAUGCCCAGGACAUGGACACACGCAAAUGGUUUAUCCAGUUUCUUCAGGAAGGCGGCAAAAUGGGGAUAGAGUUGCAAAACGGACAUUGGUUGGGAGCUUACCAAGUGCAGUUUCCCUUUGCUGUGGGCGGACAGCAAUACUUUUACGGGCAGAGCUUGACCAAGCUCAACUGGUUCAUUCAAACAUUGAACGCUUCGGGAUCUUAAUCACCUCAACAGCUAGCUAUCUCGGCAUGGGUUAAGCGAGAGGCUGAUUUUGGUUUUAUGUUAGGGAGGAAAGGCACUUUGUCGGUCAGAGGGAUUAGAUUGAAAGGUCGAGAAUAGCCCUGGGGGGUUUUUGAUUCGCUCGCCGGUUUUUUCCCCUCUACGGCUUUAUUUCUAUCCUUAAUUAAAGAGAUUAGUCACUGUGUAAAAACCUGUUAUUAUCCAC